AUGCAAUUUCGAAGUGCCCUAGUCAAUGAUGACGAGCUCGAUCAACUAACUCUCACCGCAUUAAUGAACAUCAUUUGGAGUAUUUCGUUUCAUCAUGAUUAUGUCGACGAGCUCAAAUCAAAUGCAAAAUUUCUCAUCACUGUCAAAAGUCUUGCCAACGACGAUGGAGAAGCUUGGAUUGAAAAAUAUGUACCAAAACACAUGUCAUCGGUGAAAAAAGCAGCCGGCCGCAUUCUAUGGAAUCUUGAUGAAAAUAGUACAGGUUAG